AUGUUCAGCGGUGGCGGCAUCUCCAGCCCCCCGUCCAGCGUCGAGUCGUCGUGGCCCUUCAACAUGAAGGGAGAGCCGGGCGACGUGCCCGCCCCAAGAAGCAAAGUCGCCCAGGAGAUCAGCGAUCUCUUAGGACAAGUGCACCACGACGAAGGCUGCUUCGGGGGCCCCGCCUACCUCCUGCCGAUUCUACCAGGCUUGCACGUCUCGAACAUCGGGACUGUGUCGCUCCCGUUGCGUGAAGAAAUGGUGGAGAAGCUUAAGCCCCAGGCCAGCGAAGAACAUCCCCAGUCGUGGGUGAUCCCUGCCUCCCGAGUGACGAUGAAGAACCCAGAGUGGGAACGAGGCAUCGAGAUGCUGUGCGCCUUCGGUGCAGAGAAGCUUGGGUUCAAGGACAUUGCACUGCAGCCAAGGCUGACGAGGGUGCUGGUGUGUGGACCUGGAGGCGGUGUGGAAAGACAGCCAAGGGCGAUGACUGGUCGCUGCGUGGCUACACUUGUGGUACAGCCACCAUCUGCAUACACUGGAGGGGACUUGCUGGUGUCUCGAGCUGGGACGGACAAAGAGGUUCGAUACGGGCGUGAGAUCGCCGCUGCUGCGUUUCGACCGCACUACGUCGUGUAUGCGGCUGGCGCGAGUUGCUAUGCGGACAAGGUGACGACUGGAUAUCGACUUGCGAUGGAGUAUCAAUUACUGUUGCCUCCACAAGUUCCUCUUGAUUAUGGGAAACGAUCGAAGUUGUUGCAUUUGGGCAAACUGGCGGUUGCAGUGAAGCAGCUGAAAGCUGGUCCAGAUGAUGUUGGGGCGAUUGAAGACGAACCGGUUCCUGACAAUGCAGAUCGUGGCGCUUCCGAAACGGAGGAGGAUGAUGAUGGAAUAUUGGCCUUUGUACUAUCGCAGCCAUAUAACACAACGGUGUUGUUGAAUGGUGGCUGGGAGGCUCUUUCGGGUGUUGAUCGAGAUCGCUUCCAGUUCUUGAGAGAUGCAAAUUCCCUUCUGCCACCAGGGAAGCAGUUGCAGUUCUAUUUCGUCCAUUCCAAUUUCACAGAGCGAAUGCACAAGUGCACGAAGGAAGUUAUAGUUUGGAGUUCGGCGACUGGAAAUGUGGUGGGUAAUGGCACAAUUACGGCUCAAUGGAACCAAUUCAACUUUCUGAAUCCUGAUAACAAGUCGUUGGCCCAGUUGUGGGAAAUCACCGGAAAGUCGAUUAUGUCAAAAUGUGAGCGAUUCGUGAUUGUCAUGUGGCCCAACUCAGCCGACAUCGUCAACAAAGUUGCUCUCAUAGGCGUCGCUGCUGCGAUCUCGACUGCGUCGUCAAAGACACCCAUUCAGCUGCUUGAAUUUUGCCAAACCCUGGUUCCAGCGAUGAUUAAACUGGGCGACGUGAAGCUGGUCAAGUUGUUUUUCAAGAAGUAUUUCGAUUUCCUGAGCGACGCGGAGAAGACCGACUUUCUUCCUGCACUACGACUGCUGGUGCGAGACUUUGGGUGGCAAAACGUGGAUACUUCUAUCAUUGCGGCUAUCGACUGCCCGUUGAUUGAAACCUCGCUGAACCGAGCGCUGGUGCUAGCAGAAUCGCUGAGCGAUAGUCCUACCGCGCGGGCAGAGCUUACACUUUUUGCGGUGGGUAAAGCCCAAUUACUCUGCCGAGCCCGACCAGCUGCCCUUGCAUUUUCAGCCAGCACUGGUUUGCUUUGGAAAAAUGCGCUGGAGUCCGGUAGCAUGACGACCUUCCUCAGUGUCAAGAAUCUGAUCACCCAAACAAGUCCAAAACACCUGGGCUCUGUUGUCAUCGAGCUCUCCAAGUGUGUCGAUGCGUCCAGCUUACCGGAGCAUCGGGCCAUACUGGCUUCAGCUGCGUGGGCACGUCGUCAAUGGCUAAUUAACGAGAUUCUCGACUGCGAAAAGCCGUUUAUGUGGAAGCUGACCGACACGAACUUCCACCAUUCAGCGGAAGUUUUGAUUUUUCUUCGAUCGCCAGCUCCGUCGCUAGUGAUCCCCAACCUUAAUAGCAUGUCGGAAGCGCGUCUGCUCACGGCUGUGCUUCACCAGAAAAUCCAGGCACCGUUGUCGAUUACAGCAGAGCGUCAAGGCCAGAACGUGCUCGUUCAAAUCAAGAAGACAGGCGGGAAGUUUGAUACGCGCCGGGAGAUGGUCCCAGCGUAUAUGGCCGAGAUCCAGCGGCUUGGUCAGCUUCUCCCACUUGAUGAAAACGCAAAUAACGCCAACAUUCUCUCGACGACCAUGGCCCCUGCGACGCGCAAGAACGACCACGACGCGCCAGCCGCGGAUGGAGAGAGACAAGCGGAGCUGGAAGCACAGGUCGCGCAGCUGCGUGCCGAGAUUGUGGCUCUGCAAGCCAAGAACCAAGCGCCGCGCCCACCGCCAACGGAGUCGAAGCCUCGAGUCCCAAACGGCCUGCCCAAGUUCAAGGGGAAGCGCGACGAGGACGUACGUCAGUGGCUCUUCCAAGUUGAGACGCUGUACCGCAUCAACGGUCAUGACGCGACGGACGACAACGACACGCUGCCGGCAAUCGCUGGUACCGCGAUGGAGGAACCCGCAUCGGGAUGGUUCCUGUUCUGGGCCUCUCGGACCCCAGCAGAGGAGCAGACGUGGGGACAGUUUACCCGCGACGCUCUCUCGCACUUUGAAGCAUCGAACUGUGGAAACUGCCAAGCGGUGCUCCGGCAGAAGCUUCGUCAACUCCGCCAGACCGGUGAUAUUGAGGAGUAUAAUGGGAAGUAUUCUUCACUGAUCUUCCGCGUUGAGAACAUGAGCGAAGUGGACCAAGUCAGCUACUACUGUGACGGCCUCAAGCGCGCCACGCAGGCAUACGUCAAGCUACAGAACGCAACAACGUUGAGCGAGGACAUGGACCAAGCCACCAAGUACGAGAUGUCCCACUUCGGUAGCGAUCGCAGACUGGAUCGCGAGAAACCAGAGCGCGAGCAACGGUCCCGUGGACCGCCGAGCUCGAACACGUUCCGAAACAAGAAGCCGUUCAACAAGCGUUCGUAUAAGCCUGGUCACUACGCGCCUGCAGAGCAAACCAAGGAUGGUCCUGUGUGUUACCACUGCAACAAGCCUGGACACUUCAAGCGCGACUGUAGCAAGCUGAAGAACGACCAGGGAAACGACCAGCCACGCCAGAAGAAGAGGGACCUGACGUGGUGA